AUGAAUAAAUUAUUAGUUGCAAGUUUAACUAUCCUUUUAAUUACUUCUUUUGCAAGAGCUUAAAAAGGAAUCUUGGGAUUUACUCCAUAAUACUCAGGAUAUUCCUAAGAUAAGUAUUUAUGCAUGAAAAACUCCUAAAAUGAGUUCAAAUACUAAAAUCUUGUUGAAAAAUAGAUCUGGGGUUAUGAUCGCUACCAUAAAACAGGGUAAAAUUAUGCUGAUAAUGUUGGUUUAUCUACUAAUUCUAUUUAUGUUCCCUGCAUUAAUAUCAACGCAGCCGAGUUCCCAUAUUUUAGUUAAGAAAACUAACUCUUCACAUUCCUUAAAUACUUCCAACAAAAUCAUGAUGUUUUCAAAGGAGAUUUUUUGUGGGUUUCUAUUGAGUAAAAUUAAUCUAAAAAUUGCUAGUGGCAUAAUGACUUUAAUAUUAAUUGUUCAGUUCUUGAAGAAAUAAUGAACUAAGUUAGGCGCUCAUUUGUUGGAGUUGGCAACAUUGGUAUAAUGACAAGCAAGUAAGAUUGGGAAGCCCUUUUUGGAAAUAAAUGUAACAAGUACAGUAGUUACCCCCUUCACUAUAAAAACUACGACAAUAAACCUAAUUUCAGUGAUUGGAUUCAAUAAAAGUUUGGUGGCUGGACUAAACCAUCAAUGAAAACUUACUCUAAGGGAAAAUAUGAAUGCUACAUGGAGGCCGAGUUGACUGUAAUAAUUUCUUGCUUUUUAAUACUAUUAGUUGCUUCAAGUGUCUACUCAUAAAGUAGAAUUGCCUUCUAUGAUUUACUUGACUAUGAAGAAAAUAUGUAUUAAUGCUUAAAGUUCUAUAAAGUCUCUACUCAACUCGUUGAUGGAUUUAAAGAUAACACCACAAUAUUUUCUCCCUAAGUUUAAGGUAAGAUUGACAGAGCAUAAGAAUAAGGGAUUUCUACAGAUUUACUUUUUGACCCUUGCGUUAAUACUGUCAGAUAAGAGAAUUUUUACACUCCUGAGCAUCAAGUAACUAAAUUCUCUGAAAACUACAAAUUUCUUACAGGCUACGAAAAUAUCUGGUUUAAUGUCAUUUAAAAAGCUGAUAGAAAUUGCUUUUGGUCAACUGAUGCCAACUUAAAUUGUGAAAUUUUGACUAAAUACAUUUCCCUUCUCCAAGCCUAAACAGGUAAGAAAAUUGGUAUUCGCUCAUCAUCUCUUGACUGGUCCAAUAUCUUCGGUACUACCACAAACUGUGCUAAUUUCGGCAACCUUCCACUUUCUUACAUAAACUAUAAUCAAAAACCAAACUUCUAAGACUGGUAAGAUUAAUAAUUCGGCUCUUGGAGAGGUCCUAUGAUGAAAGAAUUUGACACUACUGAAUUAUGCGGUCUCACUACUACUUUAUCUGUCUAUUGA